AUCGACAAAGGGGAAAAGCAGAAAUUGUGACAGAUUGUGGAUAAACACUGGCACAGCGAAACGGUCGAUUCAUGAAAACUCGAGGGAGCAAUAAUCGAAGGGGUAGGGGGAGGAAAGGCAUCCUUUUAAGGAUUAACAAGGUUAUUUGUCGGUUUGGAGUCUGCGCUUUACAUCCGAGUUGGGAGUAUUUGGAUUGUGUUGAGGGUGGGUGGAGAUUCACUCAGCAGCCAGGUUCAAACAUUCACUCACUGACUGACUGACUGGCUGACUGACUGACUGGAUUAAAGUGAAAGCUCACAGCGCUGGAGCUGUGCCGGAAGGAAGUUCUCAGAGAAGGGCGAGAGCUGGUAAACACGCUGGCUGGCCGGGUACAUGGUGCUGGUUUCCGGGUGCCGGGGCUGCGGUGCAGCCGGCUUCAGCCUCUCCAUCCCCCGAGUGCUGGAGGAGCAGCAGAGCGGCGGGCUGUGCGGAUUCUGACCGCUUCCAAAUCCAUCCCCCCUCCCCAAUUGCCCCCAUCCCGCUCUCCCUGUUCUUUGGGCGGAUUGACGCAGUGGAAAGUUGGCCGCGGAGAUGUUGGAUCGCCCCAGGGUGCUGUGGAUGGCCGGUAUGAAGCCGGCGCUGCUGCUACUCCUGCUGAUUCUCGGCCGGGUUUGCUGCCUUGUGGACUCGAACAGCUCGGCAGCAGCACUCUACUAUGUGAGCAUCGGGGACGGCACCUCGACCGAAUUCGAGUUUCCCGAAAAUACCAAGGGUAUCAUUGUGGUUUCCAGUCGUUAUGGCAGCGCCCGGGAGAAGGAUGGUAGCAGACUGCUGGUUCAGUCCCUGGACCCAGAUGUCCUGACCGUAAUCAACGUCAGCGAUGCGGAGACCAUAGGAUUUGUGAAAAGUUACAUUGUCAGCAUCAAAUCGGGACUGGCCGGGACCGCGCCUCUUUUAAUCCGGCUUCUGGAUGUCACCAGGGUUGCGCCAUUCACCGUGGAAGAACGAAGAGAUUACAAUAUUAAAGUAUUGCCCAAUGAUGAUGUUCUAGGCUAUACUAGCCUGGCCCAUUUCUCUCAGAACCCUCUCCUUUAUUUCCUUUUGCCUUUGAUUUUUAUAAAUAAGUGUGCUUUUGGUUGUAAAGUGGAAGUGGCAGUCCUCCGAGGUCUUCUGAAGCAACCACAUCCUGUCAUUCUAGGAGUUAUUGGGCAGUUUCUCUUGAUGCCCUUGUAUGGAUAUACCUUGUCGAAGAUCUUCUCCCUGCCCAAAGCCCUUUCCCUUGGGCUGAUAAUUACUUGCUCUACCCCAGGAGGAGGUGGAGGCUACCUCUACAGUCUGCUUCUAGGAGGGGAUGUGACCCUUGCCAUCUCCAUGACCUUGAUAUCGACUGUGGUCGCAACUGGUAUGAUGCCACUUUCAUCCACGAUUUACACCCAUAUUCUCAAUGUUCAUGAAACGCUGCAUGUGCCGUUUACGAAGAUUCUGAUCACAUUGCUGUUUAUAGCUAUUCCCAUUUCAACAGGAAUGUUAAUCAAGUAUAAAUUGCCACGCGUCAGCAAGUUCUUACUUUUACUCAUUCGACCCCUCAGUUUUGUAUUAAUCAUUGGAGGACUCUUCAUGGCUUACCAGAUGGGAGCAGCCAUACUUUACAAUGUUCAUAAGGAAAUCAUUCUUGCUGGAGUUGCUGUUCCUGUGUUUGGAUUGCUCAUUGGACAUCUCAUGGCUUAUUGCUUGAGAUUACCUGUUCCUUUGUGCAAAACAGUCAGUAUAGAGAUUGGAGUCCAAAAUAGUCUGCUCGCCCUUGCUGUACUCCAAUUGUCCUUCCGCCGCAUGGAAGCAGACUUCGCCUCACAGGCUCCAUUUAUAGUAGCUCUGAGUAGCACUUCUGAAAUGCUGCUGCUUGUGAUCCUUCACCUUAUCUACAAGAACCUCAGGCCAAGUUCAGAAGAAAACGACUUUAAGUCCUAAUCUUUUUGAGUUUGCUCGAAAGAAACAAGUUCCCUGCACUGCAAAAUAUAUUUGAAUAUUUUUGUAUUGAGCUAUUUUCUAAAAUGAGAGUAUAUGGCUACUGCGGCAAUUUGAUAUGUUUACAUGGUCUUCUGAAAUGAGCCACUGUCUUGCUUUUCUGCUGAAAAAUGCACUGCAAUUCAAUUGCUGAACUUCUGGUGCAGUAAUAUUUUUAAAGCCUUUACUUUGCAUCUAGUUUCAAAUUUCAGUGGAAUUGCCAAUUGUGUGUGACUUCAUUUCUUUAGUAACAUAUUUUGUCUUUAAAAAAAGUUAAAAUUUAAAUCUAUUGUGAAUUUUUUUUUGUGUGUGCCAUCUGCAAUGAGUUGUUGCCUCCAGUAUUAUUUUCAGGUGUGUAUGAUCUGUCAAAGAGGGGAAAAUAUUCUGUCUAACUAUUAUAAAGAGGCUUCCAUGCAUUUCACUAUCUCAUUGAAUAAAUUAAAAUUAUGGUCUUGAGCAGCAUUCACUGUUACGCUUCAUUAGUUGGAGUCCUGUGCACUGUAUUUAUUACCUGACCACCUGUGGCCAACAGUGACUGAUAAAUAUGGAGAUGUCCUUUUUGUAAUAUUUGGCUUCAGUAAGAAUGCGCACAGAUUUUUGAAUUUUACACUCUGAUCCUAUGAUGUCUGGAAUUUAUGAUUUACAAGUUAAUAACUGCUAUUGUUAUCGGCAUUCUGCAGAAUCAAAAUAUUGAUAAAAGCUAAUGUUAGAAUAAACUGAAUUAGACUUGGGUAUUUAUUUUAAAUAUGUAUGUAUACUUGGACCACUCUCAAUUCUUGGAUCAUCUGGUCACAGUUGAAAGGACAAUGGCUUGCAUGUUGUCCUCAUGCUGAGUGAAAUCUCAUUUUAAUGAACAUCUUCUGUAGUAGAUUCUACUAAUAGCAUCUUGUAAUUUGUUUUCACCUUAGUGCUUAGGCUUCAAUGUUAUGGUAUUUAAAAGAAAUGCCUUUUGUAAUGCUUUUUCCUCUUGAAUUAGAAUGAAAUGUUUUUGGUUAAAAAGGAUUUUACCCCCACUUCUUCCCAUCGUCCUCCCUCAUUUGACAGUUUCUGAUGCCUUACCCAAGUGGCUGUGCUACUUGUGUGGGCUGAACAUGGAAAAGUCAAAUGGCUCAGCUGUUUAGGGAUCACUGCCAAGCCCAAGGUCUGUAUACAGGGUUGCUAUUCAGUGAUCUCUCACUCCUGUUUGCCUCAUGAGAAGACUGCCUCCUCUUUCCACCCCCACCCCAACAAUUCCUUAGCUCCCAAAUAUCAAAGCUAAUUGUAAUGCCACUACUGCUAUCCUGACUGAGAUCAGCUACCUCACCAAAGACUACAAGGGAAGUUACCUAUACAUGUUUCAACUUUGAUUAAUGCUCCACUUUCUACAUGUAAUUUUUAUCUCAGUUCUACUUUUGUGCUUAAAAAGAAGAAAGGAUCCUGUCUUGAAGCUAGACUUGAAAACAAUGUAACUGCAUCUGGGCAUCAAAGGGGUUAACUCAUGUAAUCAUUUGAUUAAAAUUGGCUUGAUUGACA